AGGAGGAGGAGGGGCUACUUCCGGGAGGGAGGAAGGAACAAAGCGGAAGCAGCCGCCUUUCUGAGCGUAAGCACUCUCCUCCCGCCUUUCUGUCUCUCUCUCUCUCCCUCUUGCUCAGAGGCUGCACUACCUCCCCUUCCUGAAGGGGGCGCCUUGAUUUAACCUCUUCCUCCCCUCGUUGAGGCCGGUUACCACGGCAACGGCUGAGGCCUGCGCCUGGCCCAUGAGCAUGCGCUGGGCGAAGGCGGCGGAGGCCCCGAGGCCUGGCCUGAGGUGAGAGGGGAGAGGCAGGCGGGCUCCUGGGCGCUGGAGGGCGAGGCUGGGAGCAGCGGGACCAGAUGAGGAGGAGGAGGAGGCGGCGGAGGAAGAAGAAGAGGAGGAGGAGGAAACCCUAGUUGCUGCUGCUGCUGCUGCUGCCAGGCCCUUCCUAACCCCGGCCUUGCUGGGCAGAUGCAUCACAGGAUGAACGAGUUAAGCUUGAGUCCUGUAGGAAUGGAGCAGUUGACGGCUUCCUCUGUGAGCAAUGCCCUUAGUGUUGGAGGAAACCAUAUUGGUCUGACUUCAUCACCAACACAUACCAUAUCAGCACCAGGAUUACCAGUUGCAAUUCCAAAUCUGGGACCCUCCUUACCCUCUGCUCUCUCUCUGAUGCUUCCAAUGGGCAUUGGGGAUCGAGGGGUGAUGUGUGGUAUACCAGAGAGAAAUUAUACCCUACCUCCACCGCCUUAUCCUCAUUUGGAGAGCAGCUAUUUCAGACACAUUCUACCUGGUCUCUUGUCUUAUUUAGCUGACAGACCUCCACCUCAGUACAUCCAUCCCAACAAUAUAAAUGUGGACAGCAAUCCAGCUUUGUCUGUCCCCAACAACCCUUCAGGCCUAGAUCCCUUCCAGCCCAAUGGAGCAGUGGGCCUUGAAGCAGGCAUUGUCUCCAUGGAUUCCCGUUCAGUGAAUCCACACAACACACAAAGCUUGCAUCCCAGCGACAGCCAUGAGGUAGCUCUAGAUACAUCCAUUGCCAUGGAAAGUGUUUCAAGGGUCACGAGUCCAAUUGCAACUGACAGGAUGGCUGAGGAACUUACAAUGGGAGAUGUUGCCGGGGAUCAUUCACAGAUUGCAAAUGGCAGCCAUAACCAUGAACCUCUAACUGUGGAUGCUGUGGGAAGCAGUUUAGCAACAGACACUGUAGGGCACAAUGGUGUCAUCCCUCUUCAUGGUAGCACUUUGGAGCUUCCUGUUGUUAUGGAGCCUGACCAUAUUUCAGGCCGUGUUGGUGGGAUAUCUGACAGAACGCUUGGGGACUCUAUUCACUCGGCGGCCAUGAAUAGCAAUUCUGUGAGUGUUGCACUUUCUACCUCACACAACCUCACUUCCCUGGAGUCUGUCUCAUUGCACGAAGUGGGUCUCAGUCUGGAGCCUGUGACAGUAUCCUCCAUGAGCCAAGAUGUAGCCAUGGGACAAAAUCACGUGGAUGUCUCCUCAGACAAUCUUUCCUUUGUGCCGUCAUCCCUGCAGAUGGAAGAUUCCAAGGAAAAUAUGACAACUUCGUUUACCAUAUGGUGCACACUGUGUGACAAGGCUUAUCCAUCUGACUGCCCGGAUCAUGGGCCUGUGACCUUUGUUCCAGACACUCCCAUAGAGAGCCGAGCGAGGCUCUCUCUCCCCAAACAGCUUGUUAUUCGGCAGUCUAUCAUGGCAGCUGAAGUUGGUGGGCAGUAUUGUCAGUUAUCAGCCUGUCUUGGACCUUCUUCCUUGGGUGUGUGGGCUCAGGAAACCAUUCCCGUGCGUACUUGUUUUGGGCCACUCAUUGGGCAACAGAGUCACACCAUGGAAGUAGCUGACUGGACAGACAAAGCAGCCAAUCACAUCUGGAAGAUGUAUCACAAUAACAUCCUGGAAUUCUACAUUCUCACAACUGAUGAAAAUGAAUGUAAUUGGAUGAUGUUUGUGCGGAAAGCCAGAAACCGAGAAGAACAGAACCUGGUCGCUUAUCCUCAUGAUGGAAAGAUUUACUUCUGUACCUCACAUGAUAUCCCUCCAGACCAUGAGCUUGUUUUUUAUUAUAGUCGGGAUUAUGCCAGGCAAAUUGGUGUUCCUGAGCAUCCAGAUGUGCACACCUGUCACUGUGGAAAAGAAUGUGCUUCUUAUACUGAAUUCAAGGCUCAUCUGAGUAGUCACAUCCAUAGCCCCUUCCCCAGUCAGAGCCAUAGCAGCAGCCACGGACCAGGGCACAGCAAGGAAAGGAAGUGGAAAUGCACCAUGUGUCCUCAAGCUUUCAUCUCUCCUUCUAAACUUCACGUUCACUUCAUGGGGCACAUGGGAAUGAAGCCACACAAAUGUGAUUUCUGCAGCAAAGCCUUUAGUGACCCGAGCAAUCUCCGCACACACCUCAAAAUCCAUACAGGUCAAAAGAAUUAUCGCUGUUCUCUCUGUGAAAAGUCCUUUACUCAGAAGGCCCACCUCGAGUCACACAUGGUUAUCCACACUGGGGAGAAAAACCUGAAGUGUGAUUACUGUGAAAAACUGUUCAUGCGACGACAGGACCUCAAGCAACAUGUACUUACCCAUACACAAGAACGUCAGAUCAAGUGUCCCCAAUGUGAGAAGCUCUUCUUAAGGACAAACCAUCUAAAGAAACACUUAAACUCUCAUGAAGGAAAGCGGGACUAUGUCUGUGAAAAAUGCUCCAAGGCUUAUUUAACCAAAUACCACCUCACACGCCACCUAAAAAUCUGCAAAGGACCAACCUGCAGCCUCUCAACCCAGGAGGAGGAGGAAGAUGACGACGAUGAUUCUUCUUCUUCAGAAGAAGAAGAAUUGAUAAACACUGCAGACUCCAGACUGACAUGUAUGUGACAAGAGACAUGCUGGAAAUGGUGUUCCUACAAGUGUAAAUGGACUCCACUUUCUAAAAUCAUGUUUUUCAAACUGACUUUUUUCGAUAGUGAACCUUUUUCUCAAUGGGGCUCACUCUCCUGAAGAAAAUUGUUUAUGAACUCUUUUUGAAGGACUUCCAGAAAACCUAAACCAAUGUAACUACCCACUUCCAUCUGUUAAAACUGUGCUAUUGGUGAGAUGGGUGAUAUGUCGUGAAUUACUAUUAGAAUGAAGCAGGUACAGUUCUGAUCAGCCAAAUGUUGAAACAGUAUCAGCAAUCUUCUACAGUUAAUGGUACCUCAGUAUACAAAUCAAAUUUCAUCACAGCAGUCCAGUGCUCUGAUUGUUCCUGUUGUAUAAAUUACAUUUGGCACAUCAGGAACAAUCUGAAAUGAGCAUUCAAUAUAUACUAAUGGAUUAAUUUGUCAGUUUUGUUGACAACUUGUCUGUUCCAGUGGAGUGGUGUGGGAGCCAUGCAAAAAGGCACACUUGUGUUUGCAAUGUAGGCUUGGUUUGGCAUGAGUGGUUACAACAUAUAGUACCUUCUGUACUGUAACUGGUAAUCACUACUUUUGGGAAGUUGUGCAUUCUGCUGCUAAUGUAUUUAUGGAAUCACAAUAUCAUUUAAAAACGGUUUCCUUACAGACAAAUAAUAAAAUACUCUUUUUUAA